AUGUUCUCUCUUGACAGAACAACAGCAUUCCUUGCUCUGGUAAAUGCUGCUUCCGCCCAGUACGGAGGGGGCUAUGGCGGAUACGGUGGCAGCGGCAACCCUUACUCGAGCGGCAACAACAAUGGCGGUUUCGGUUCUGGAUUCAACUCCUAUUUCUCAGGAACCUCCAAAAUCAUCACGGCGCAUGCAGUUCUGGCCACCUUGGCGUUCGCAUUCCUCUUUCCCGUAGGAGGAAUCAUGAUCAGACUGGCGUCCUUUCGCGGCCUUUGGCUCGUCCACGGGCUCUUCCAGAUCUUUGCGUACUUGGUGUACAUUGCGGCCUUUGGAAUCGGAGUCUGGGUAAGUUGUGCACUUGUUCGUGAAAGAGUGAACGCGGCGCUGAUGCAGGAGCGCAGAUGAUUUCUCAGCGCGACGGUCUUAUCAACGACCCGCAUCCCAUCAUCGGCAUCGUGCUGCUCGUGGUCCUCUUCUUCCAGCCCGCCCUCGGAUUCGUGCACCACAUCCUCUUCAAGAGAAAACAUAAACGCGGCAUCUUCAGCUACGGCCACAUUUGGCUUGGUCGGUUGGCGAUUACCCUGGGAAUUAUCAACGGCGGCUUGGGAUUGCGGUACGCUCGUAUGUCUCCGAUUGCACGUCCUUCGAAAGGUGCUAUUGUCGCAUAUGGCGUUGUCGCUGGCUUCAUCUGGCUGCUCUAUGUCAUUUCGGCGAUCAUUGGUGAGAGGAGGAGGAAAGUGAAAGAGUUGGAACCGCCGGUAUAUAAGGAAGAGGGUGAGGAUAGAACACAGUACGCGUGA